UUCUGCUAUAUACGACGUCCGUCAACUCGGCUGCUUCGAAAACAAGCAUGAUUCUGAAGGGAUUAGCAUUUUUCCUAUUCGUUUGCGGCGUUUCGCUGGCCGAAAACGACCGGCGUCUGGCCCCAAUCGGUGCUAGGAGCCAUUCCCGAGUUCCUGCGCAACAACCGCGCGCACUCGUUUCAAAGAUUUACCAGGAAUGGAAGAACGCCCGCGCCGACCGGAGCAUUCUCGGGAUCGAGAACAAAAACGACAUCAAGUUUGCGUUGGCUAGCGACACUCAUCAAAUCUCAAUGAAGCUCCUUAGUGAAAGAGGUCUCCAAGUGUUCAAGGGGUUCGACCAAGGUGAACUUAACGCCUUAGUUGGGGCCUUCCAUGCCGAGGGUCCGGUGUUCCGCCUCGAGAGCCGGGAAGCUCUGCUCCAAAUCACCGAUGGCGGUUUUCGAGCUGUCUCCGCUUCGCCGCCGAAAAAGGAGCUCGGUAUCAAGACGUUUUCUGCGGGAGACAUUCCGUUGGGGAAAGCCUGCUCUGGUUCGGGAACGUCACCCGCCGGCCUGAAGGAGAUGAGCCCUGGAACCGCAAGGAGUAUGGAGUCGAAAUUUCCGAACCCAGAGCCAACGACGGAUGUAGAAAUUCUAAAGAAAAUAUUGGAAGAAUCAGGCGGGGACGCGGAGAAAAUUCUGGAUGCCUUUGAUUCCGGAGUGGACUCUUUCGAUGAAAUGGUCGAAAGCGUUGAAUCGACGAAGGUGAAGCGACGGAGGAGGAUCAUCAUAGCCGGACGAUUCGCGGAAAAAUUCGCCGUUUUCAUCGAAGAAGAAUUUUACGAAAGAAAUGAUCGACCUUGCGCCGAAAACACUCCGCGUCCCAAACUAAAUACCGAUUCGCCACGAGCUCGAAUCUCCGCCACGCAACAAGCGAAGGAUCCCUUCUCGCCAGAAAACCUCCGGGAAUAUUCUCCGGAACACGAGGAUACACUACAACGAAUCAAGGCCGUUGUCGAAAACGGUACCCUAAUUAUUUUCGAAAACGACACGGCCAACAUCGAUCCGUCGAGCCAGGACUUCUCCGAUGACAUACCGAUGCACGACCAUGUCGCGACUGAGGAGAAUGACAACGAGGAGGAAGCCGUCCCUUUACCAGGCCGACGCCACGCGGGGCGGGGCUGCGCGUACCAUUUCAUCAAAAGGACCGUCAGGAAAUUCUUGAUGCCUGUUCUUCCAAUCGUGAUUUCCGUGUGGGCUGUGUUGAAUUUCUUGGAGCAGAAGGGUUUCAAAGUUCUCAUGUGACUGCUUUUUAGUCUCUGAUUCGGUACAUUAAUUUAGAAGAUGAUUCGACGGGAUCUGCACUGAUCAUUUUCUUCUCUCUGUCGAUUCCUCGGAACUAGCUCCAAUCCGAUUGUGGUACCUUAUUUAUUAACGAACGUUCCACCAGAGCGGGGGAUGUGGACUCUUGAGGCGAAGUUUUCGAUGGAAUCGAUAGAGAGGGUAGUUAUAUUGAAUAAAAACUGUCGGAAU